AUGUCCCAGCUGCACUCUCCCGGGGACACACCACAAGGCCGCGCUCAGCCAUGCUUCCAGGACCACGUGUGGCAUCGCCACUCGCCAGCUCUGACCGUGUUCUCGCAGCGACGGGAUUGGGCUGGGCUGGAGCCCGUCUGGUCACUGCACAAGAAGCUGCAGCCUGCUGAUAUAUCUGAGCUGCUGGGGCAGGGGGUGUGCGCAGGGGAGCAGCGGCACUGUCAGGAGUUGGGGCUGGGGUGGGGCGUGCAGGAGUCCGGGGGCCUGAGCCUGGCCGUGCAGGAGUCAGGGGUGAGCCCAGGGUUGCAGGAGUCAGGGGUGAUUCUGGGCCUGCGGGAACAGUAUCAGGCGGCUGGGGAGGCCAGGCCAGGGGUGCGGGAGCAGUGGGUGGCUGGGGAGGCCAGGCCAGGGGUGCGGGAGCAGUGGGUGGCUGGAGAGGCCAGGCCAGGGGUGCGGGAGCAGUGGGUGGCUGGAGAGGCCAGGCCAGGGGUGCGGGAGCAGUGGGUGGCCAGAGAGGUGAAGCCAGGAGUGUGGGAACAGUGGGUGGCAGUGGGGACAAGGCUAGUAGUGCAGGAGCAGUCAGUGACCAGAGAGUCAAGGCCAGAGGUGCGGGAGCAGCGGGUGGCAGUGGGAGAAAGGCUGGGGGUGCGGGAGCAGCGGGCGUCUGGAGUGGCCAGGCCGGGGGUGCGGGAGCAGCGGGCGUCUGGAGAGGCCAGGCCGGGGGUGCGGGAGCAGCGGGCGUCUGGAGUGGCCAGGCCGGGGGUGCGGGAGCAGCGGGCGUCUGGAGAGGCCAGGCCGGGGGUGCGGGAGCAGUCAGUGACCAGAGAGUCUAGGCCGGGGGAGUGGGAUCAGCGGGUAGCAGUGGGAAAGAGGCCGGGGGUGCGAGAGCAGCGGGUGGCAGUAGGAGUGAGGCCAGGGGGGCGAGAGAAGCGGGUGGCAGUGAGAGAGAGGCCGGUGGUAGGAGGGGUGAGGCCAGGGCUGCGGGUGGCCAGAGGGACGAGGCCGGGAGUACGGGCACGGGUGGCAGCGAGGGUGAAGCCAGGAGUGCGGGUUCGGGUGCCAGGGGGGGUGAGGCUGGGGUUACAGGAGGAGCAUCUGGUAGAGAAGGGAAGCCUGGGAGUAGAGCGGCAACCUCAGGAGGAGAGAACAGUGAGCUCAGGGGUGCAGGAGCAAGGUGUGGCCCUGGGAGCCCCCCAGGAGCAGGGUGUGGCCCUGGGAGCCCCCCAGGAGCAGGGUGUGGCUCUGGGAGCCCCCCAGGAGUGGGGAGAGGGCCCGAGGGUGCAGCACCAGCCAGAAGGGGAAGGGGAGGUGAGCCCAGGAGUGCAGGGGAGCCAGCAGAGAGGGCAGCACCAGCAGGAGAAAGGAGGGUUUGUCAGGGGCCUGCAGGAGAAAGGGGGCCUGAGGCCAGGCCUGCAGGAGGAGGUGCUCAGGCUGGGUGUGCAGGAGGAGGCGCUCAGGCCUGGUGUGCAGGAGGAGCCUCAGGAGCCAGAGUGGCUGAGCCCAGGUGUGCAGGAAGCUGCGGGGACUCUGGGUGUGCAGCAGCUGCAGCGCAGGGAGGGGAGGCGGCGAGCAGCACAGGUGUAGGGCGUGAGAGGAGUGAGCCCAGGAGCCUAGCACGGUCUCUGGCCCAGACCCUUAGCAGUGUACCAGCACCAGCUGGUGAACCCAGGAGGGUGGCCUCAGCGCUGGCACCACCGCUAGCUGGGGAGCGCAUCACCACCUUCCACACAUGAGCGUGGCAGUGCAGUGCCAUCCCUGGAAGUCAGCAGGAGAAGGUGGGGGUGAGCCCAGCAGCGCCAUCCCUUGCCAGCGAGCCUGGAGCAGCCUGAGCAGCACCCACAGGAGGAGCCUGGAGGGGUGAAUCCUGGAGCGUCACGGCCGUAACACCGCCGCCAGUCUGGGUGGUCGGGAGUAUAGCAGCAACAUCACCCUCAUUCAUGCACUGAGUCUGGGCACCCAUCAGCACCGCCCCAUUGCUACAGUGAGCUUUGCACUGUAAAGCCGCAUGCAGUGAGCCUGGUCAUGUACGCCAACAACAGCUGGAGCAUGCAGUGACUCUGGCAACAUGUAGCAGCAGCAUUUUACUAGCUUGGAGUAUAGCAGAAGCAGCGAUGCCUGGCAGCAUGCAGUGAGCCUGGCAGCAUGCAGUGAGCCUGGCAGUGUCCUGCCACAGCACUGUGCAGUGCACCUGGCAGCAUCCACACAGCAGCAUCGCUACCAGCUUGGCCUUCCUGGAAUAUAACCGCAGCGCCUUUCCCAUGCAGUGAGCCUGGCAAUUUCUACCCUCUGAGGCCUGGCAGCUUGUGAGUGCAGCAGCAGAGGAAGGAGGUGAUCCUGUGGGUACAGUGGCAGUGCCAUCGCCUGCCCAGCGAGAGAUGGUGGGGAGCCUGGAGGGCAGGAACUGGAGGUAGAAACUGACAGAUUGAGCCUGGCUGAGCCCAUGGGCUGGAGCAGCCAGGCCCCCACCCUCGACGGACGUGCUGGUGAGUCGCAGGGCGCCAGCCUCGGGAUCGUACUGGGACCCCCCCCCCCUGGAUCUCGCGCUCUGGAAGUGGAUGGGCCGGGAUUAGCACCGCUUUAGGACUCGGGGGGGGCCCAGUCCUCUGUACAACUCAAAAGACUCCGGGGGAGGCUGAAACGGACUCCCUCCCUGCCCCCGGAAUAUCCCCCCAACGCUGCUGGAGCCCCCGCCCUCUGACGAGCCCCCUGGGGCAGGACCGCAAGGCCCAGACGGAGCAGCGCCCCAG